GCGGUGGCGGCGACAGCGGUCACACCGUCAGCGGCCCGUGCAGUUUAUUCUGCGGUUUGAGCGCUCGUGAGAUUUCAGCAGUGUGGUUUGUCCCAGCAUACAGGAGGGCGCUCGAGCUCCAUCGUUUUCACGCACGGCACGCACGUAGACCCGGUGAAAUCGUCACGCGGAUAGAAUUUGUAGAGCCUGUCGCGAGUGCUUGUGCGCGGUCAGAGAGCAUCCCGACAGAGCGAGGUCGGUGAGCGGCGUCGGGUCGGUGGCACCGGGGGGAAGCGGAGACAGAGCAGAGAGGGGCGUGCGCCGGACUCCUGGCCGAACCGGAGUGACCCAGUCCCGGCUGCGACCAUCCCUCCGCGCCUCAGCUCCAGCGGGAGGCCCGGAGUGGCGGCAGGAUGUAGCAGCGGAUUAACGGAUGAGAGAGGGGCGCUCAGAGGCAGAGAGCGGGACCGAACGGACCGAGGCAGGACGGAGGGGACAUGGGGAAGGACCAGGAGCUGCUCCAGGCCGUGAAGACCGAGGACCUGCUGACAGCUCAGCGGCUUCUCCAGAGACCUCGGCCAGGGAAAGCCAAGCUACUCGGAGCAGCAAAGCGGGUAAACGUCAACAUCCAGGAUGCAGAUGGAUUGUCCCCGCUGCACUAUGCUGCUCUGAGUGGGAACAAGGAGCUCAUCUCUUUGCUGUUGGAGGCCCAGGCAGCAGUGGACAUUAAGGACCAUAAAGGGAUGCGUCCUCUGCAUUAUGCUUCAUGGCAGGGGAAGACUGAACCGAUGAAAAUGCUGCUGAAGGCAGGUUCGUCAGUCAAUGGACAGUCAGAUGAAGGACAGAUCCCUCUUCACCUAUCAGCUCAGCAUGGACACUAUGAUGGGUCGGAGAUGUUGCUCCAACACCAGUCCAACCCGUGCAUCUCCGAUGCAGCUGGAAAAACUCCACUGGACCUCGCCUGUGAAUUUGGACGUGUCGGGGUGGUCCAGCUCCUGCUCAGCAGUAACAUGUGUGCAGCCAUGUUGGAACCAAAACCCUCCGACCCCAACGGAGUGUCACCUCUCCAUCUGGCUGCCAAGAACGGGCACAUUGAAGUCAUACGGUUGCUGAUUCAGGCUGGUAUAGAUAUCAACAGACAGUCAGAGUCGGGGACAGCGCUACAUCAGGCUGCCCUCUGUGGGAAGACGGAGGUAGUACGACUGCUGCUGGAUAGUGGCAUCAGUGCAGGAGUGAGAAACACUCUGAGUCAGACUGCCCUGGAUAUUGUUAAUCAGUUCACCACUACACAGGCCAGCAGAGAGAUCAAGCAGCUACUGAGAGAUGCAUCGGCUGCGAUGCAGGUGCGAGCGCUGAAGGAUUACUGCAACAACUAUGACCUGACCAGUCUCAACAUUAAAGCUGGAGAUAUUAUCACGGUUUUGGAGCAGCACUCUGACGGCCGAUGGAAAGGCUGUAUCCAUGACAAUCGCACAGGCAAUGACCGAGUGGGUUAUUUUCCCUCCAACAUGGUGGAAGUCAUCAAGAGGGCAGGCCACUCCCCCUCCCAGACGUGCCACACCCUCCUGCUCCGCAGACCCAACCCCUGCCCCAUUGCCUCGGUCAACGGACACUCAUACCCCCCUUCCAAAGUCCUCCCGUUGCAUCUGCCUCCCCCUCCUCCCUCUCAUUCCAACACACAGUCCCUCCCAAUGUUCUCCUCCUUCGGGUACGUUCCUCUUCCCAUAUCUCCUCCUUCUCUGUCCACUCCUCCUCCUCUCUGUUCUACUCCUCCUCCUCCUCCUCCUCCUCCUCCUCCUCUCUCCACUUCUCAGGAGCAGCAAAGUCAGACAGGUUCACGGACUGCAGAGCUCAGUCCUCAGGGCUCUCCCACUCUGGGACAGCCGAGCAGCACCACAGAGGAUAUCUGGGUGUUGCGUAAACCACUGGCAGGAGGUGACCGCAGUGGCAGUGUGGGCAGCAUUGGCAGCGCUCGCUCAUCCAGCAGCCUGCAGAGUUCUGGAAACACACAUGUCCUGACUACACCUGCACCCAGUCCACAUCCAGCACCCACACCAGGAGUCAAUACACAUGGCCUUAAUGCUCCAGGCCUCCACGCUCAGGCCGAAGGGGUCAAGCUUCUGGCCACCGUGCUGUCCCAGUCUGUAAAAGCCAAGGAGCAUCUCUUGGAGCAGUCGCAGUCUGUUGAGCAGUCAGCAAGCUCCUCUAGUUGCACAGUCCAUGAACAGCGGUCAUUUGAACGGAAGGCAGAGGAGGAUGAUGGGAAAAAGCAGGCAGUAGUGGCGUGGCUUGGUGAGUUUCAGCUGCAGUUCUACACCACCCACUUCCUCACCGCGGGAUAUGAUCUAGACACCAUUAGCCGCAUGACCCCUGAGGACCUGACGGCUAUUGGGGUCAUGAAGCCUGGACAUCGAAAGAAGUUAACAUCAGAGAUUAGCAAACUGCCCUCCACAGACUGGCUUCCAGAUCACAAGCCUGCUAAUCUGGCAGACUGGCUGACUCAUCUGGGUCUUAGUCAGUACUACCAGGUUCUGGUCCAGAAUGGAUAUGAAAACAUUGACUUCAUCUCUGAUAUUAGCCUUGAGGAUCUGCAAGAGAUUGGCAUUACUAAGCUCGGUCAUCAGAAGAAGCUGAUGUUGGGGGUGAAAAAGCUGAAGGAGCUACAGAGAGGUGAAGGUGGCUCUGAGCCCCCCCAGAGUCCAUCUGCAUCUACACCUCCAUCCAGCCCCGGAGGCAGUGCUGGCACCGAGGCCAGAAAGGAGGCGAGGAAGCAGCGGGACGGUGCCCCCAGCCCUUUGGCCAAACCUCGACCAGGCCUCACUCAUUCACAGACCCCUCCCCCCCAAACACCAACACAAACUCCACCACAAACCCCCCCACACAGCCGGACCCAGCAGGCCUCCCCCAGAGCUCGGCCUCGUCCUUCCACCCAGAUGGCGGCGUUGGACUCCUCUGUGCCGCUGCUCCGACUCCCCAGCGAGGAAGAAGAACGGAGGAGAACUCACAGUCUGAUUGGCUCAGAAUCAGACUCUCGAUAUGCCACCGUUUGCCGCAGCAGCUCUUCGCGAGCCGCUAAUGAUGUCACUGUUAAUCGCAGCCAAUCAUCUGUUACACUCCGUCCCCGUCGGAAAGGUCGGCCCCCCACACCUCCAAAACGAUCUUGUUCUUCUAUUACUGGGGGUGACGGGGAGGGAGAAGGGCAGGGGGAGGGGCUACUAGGACUGCCAACCUAUCGAGAGCGGCGGGCGAGCGACUGCGGCAGCCUGGGAGCAGCGUUAAGAGCUCAGGAAUCAGCAGGCCUGGAGAGAUCAGAGGGGGCUUCUGGGAGCGUUCGAAGCCUUGCCGCUUUGCUGGAAACAACCAUGGUGGGAGGAGCCAAAACCCUGCCGAGGAAUCUGGGAAGCAAUGCCAGUUACCUACAGGUGAGCCCGCCUGUACUUCGUCGGCAGUCUGGCUCAGGCGGUCUUGGAUCUGAGGAGGAUGAUGUCAUCAACCGCCGCAGGACCAUCAGUGGACCAGAAGGUGAUCAGGUUAACCUUUCACCUCGACAACCGCCUCAGCAGCGACCAGAGCCACGGCCUCGGUCCACCGUGCUAAGCUCAUCGUCAGAAACCCCAGAUGGUACGGCAACACUCAGAAGGAAGCCCCGUCCUGUGGCUACAGACUCUGAAGCCCCUGCAAUUGUGGCUACCACUGUUGUUACCAUGACAACUAGCGCUGACACCAUUCGAAGGAGACCGCACCCGAGCGAGUCUUCAGAAAGUGUCAUUCAAAGCAAUAAGCCGUUAGAGUCUCCCAGCAGUCAAAGAGAUAGUAGCCGGAAACCUGGAGAGGAGCCGCAGCAGAAUGGGGGCGUGGUGCUGAGACGGAGGCCGGUGUCUGAGGUCUCCGAUAGGACGGAAAUCAAACAGGACAGCUGUGAGUGGAUGGAGGCUAGGAAGUGUCUGAAGCCACCUGUUUCACCAAAACCAUCCACGGUUUCCCUGAAGAAGAGUCAGGCUGACCCCCCCACCCCAACACGCAGGGUCCCCUUGCCUGGACCUGACAGUGGUGACACAGCACAGAGCCCCGAGCCCAAACGUGUCCCUCCUCCUAUUUCCCCCAAACCUCGUGGACCUCCAACGGCUCCCAAACCUGGCAAAGCAAUCGUAGCUUCAGCUACAAUGAGCCCAAGUCCUGCUGCUACCAGCCCAGCUACAGCCAGCCCCACCCCAGUCCAAACCCCCACUCCGGCCCCCAGACCCACCUCCCCCCUCCCCGCUGCACCUCUUCCAGCUCCUGAAACCCCUUCAGCUCCCUCCCUUUCUCCAGGACUCCCUCUGACCUCCCCAUCUCCAGCUCAGAGCCCCUCCACCCCAUCCCCGCACCCCGUCAAACCCCCUCGCUCCUCCAUCGCCGGUCUCUCCAUCGACCUGCUGGGAGGACGGGAGCUGGAGGAGGAAGAGGAGAGAAGGAGGGAGGAAGAGGAGAGGAGAAGAAAGAGGGAUCACAAGAGGCAUAAAGAGCAGGAAGAGGGGGAGGAGGAGAGGAAGAAAGCAGAGGAAGACAAUCUGAGGGAGAUGGAGGAGAAGGAUGGAGUGAGGGAGGAGUUGGAGAGUGAAGCAGAAGGAGAGCAGGAGGAGGUGCAGCAUCGUCUGGAGGAAACCAGCGCCUCCUUGGCUGCAGCUCUGCAGGCUGUCGAACAUAAAAUCAAACAGGAGGAUGCACAAAAUGACUCUCUCUCCAGCAAAAAGGCAGCCGGCUCCAUCUUGGAUGACAUCGGAAGCAUGUUUGACGAUUUGGCAGACCAGCUGGAUGCGAUGCUUGACUGAUCUCCUGCCCAUGUCGUCUCAUUUCUCAGCAAACCCUCUUCCUUUUCCCAUCAUGUGUAGAUGUUUCAGAAAAGAAAAAAAAAAAAAGAAGUUAAACAGCUCCCCUGAGGUUCACUUCAAAGCUGGCGCUCAGUGAGUGUUUGAGCGUAUGUCCCUCCCACUGCGUGAGCGCCUCUAAUGUAGCCUUGUACAGCAUAACUGAGGAGGGUCUUCUUCUUCGUCUGGUACAGUAGCUCUUAUAGUACGCCUCCUGUUUGCGAGGAGGCCGCUUCCACACAACCUCUGACCUCUGCAGCCCAGCGAGUCACUGCUCAGCCCUCAGACGGGGACGGCUGUGUGGAUCAAGAAGCACAAUCAUUUCCCUCAUCGUUUUAUCUCGACAGACUCUGGCUAGGACAGAGAUGCUAACUCAGUCAGACAGGCAGACAGACAGAUAAGUAUUCUGCUGCAGACAUAAGCACAUAAACUGACAGACAGACAGACAGCUACAGGAGGAGAAUACAGAUUAGACAUGAGAGAGAAUUUAUAAAAGUACAGUUUCAAGCACAUGGAAGGACAUUGUGAGUCUGUCUAAUUCCUGGGAUGUCAAAAGAAUGCAUUUUUUCCAGAUGAAUCCUAGCCUCUAUUUCUCUUCUGUAUGAGUGAUGGAUAUGGUUAGCCGGACUUCCUGAACCUGUGUGCUGUCUCUGUUCAUGUUGUUGUUGUUGCUGUUGUUGUUAUUGUUGACGUUGUUGUCGUUCUGAGUGUGUGUGUAGUCCCUGCUGAUGCUCAUGUCAGUGUCCUCCCACUCGUACAGUAGUUAUUCUAACAAUCAGAGCGACAAUAUAGGUGUGUGUCCAUGACUUUUGAGACACUUACACACAUAUAAACACAUUUACACACAUUUACACACACACAUACAUGAAUGGAGCUCAUUUCCUGCCAAAACCAAACAAAUGGAAAAGGUUCUAUAAAUACCCUGCAAAUUACGAACAAACACAGUGUGGUGUGCAAAAAGAAAACGUGAGUGAAAAACUAAUGCAUUUUGUUUUUUGAACAUAGAACAUAAAAAUACACAUUUCUGAUUCACAGUAGCUGGGUUUCCGUUAACGUCAGAAAUGCGCAAAAUGUAAAUUGCAGAAGAGAAAACUGAUAAUGAAAACAGAAAUGUCGCAAAAACUGUCAAAGAUCGCAAAAAGGUUUUUAUGAGGCAGUUUCUGAGACGUUUCGAUAUAGAAGUAUGGCGCAAAAGUGUAAUGGAAACAUUUUGCGUAUUUUCACUUGUCAUGGGCAUGACAAGUCCGGUGCCACGAGAGAUUUAAUAACUAACAGUUCAUAAAAUGUUAGUGUUAGUAUUAGGUCAUUCAGAAAUUCUGGAUGCACAACUCAUUGGUGAAUUCUGUACAGUUCUCUCCAAGAAAUCCAUUAUGCGUGGUCAUAAAGAAGGACUGCCUUGGGACGAUGAUGUGCACCUGCACAAUGAAAUUGUGAGGUACGCAUGGACUGCACCCCCCCCUGUGAGAACUAUGACAUUGCGAGACGGGUAGACGGGACUUUACUAGAAUCACACAUUACAAGCCAAACACAUACAAGUACUUUGUUGAAAUUGUAGAAAUAUCGCUUUUAUUUUGCAGAAAACUGUAAUGGAAACCCAGCUAGUGUUUCAGAAACAAAUACAGUUUGUGGCACCAAGGUGGUGUUGACUAAAAUUAGACGCUUCCAAACAGCAGUAGUCAACCCAAUGGGAGAUGUCACAGAGGUUGUAUCCAUAUUUUACAUACAGUCUGAUGUGUGUGACUGGAAUUUAACGGUGGAUCCCAGUUUUUUUUGCCCCCAUAAGACAUGCUGUAUUUGCCUCUGAUGCACAGUGUAAUUGAAAUAUUUUAUUUUUUCAAGUGAUUUAUUUGUUUUGCAUAUGAGAAACAAAAUACAUUCACCUGUUUAUCAUAUUUUCUAUUGGCAGAUUAUACUGUGUUUUUUUUUGUGAAUCACAGGGUCUAUUGUUUGUUUGCUGAGUUUUGUCAGGGAUCUAACUCCAUACUCAUUAACAUUGGUUUAAUCUUGCUGGUGUUCUGCUUUGUUGGUGUUGGAGUUUUUGCUUGAAAAUGAAUCUACACAUAUACAUUAAAUGACCUACACACAUGCAAAGACACAUAUACAAACACAGUCAUACGGUGUAUCCCUUUGUCCUGCUGCAGUGAACAGUGUUUUUAAAAGAUACUCCUAUAUUUCAAUGCUUUAUAUAGUACAUCCAGUAUACAUACAUAGAGUUUAUAAUAUACCUGGUAUAUGAGCUGUUAGAGCUCCCUCUAGUGUUGCUUAGUGAAACUGCCUCUAGUCUGCUCACCUUCCAUCUUGUCUCUCCUCUUGUGUCUGUUCUGUUAACUCUGCAUCUCUCUGUGCCUUGGUAGUGUUCUUUCACAUCUAUUUCAAUAAUUUUGCUCCAUUUACUCUUGUAUUCCUGCUUUAACAUGUUAAAUCGUUUCUGUUUCCUUAUGAACCUUCACUCCUUCUGUGUCUGUGAUGUCAACAGUGGCACAUAGAUUGCUUUGUUUGUCCGUUAAACUCCUGUGUAACCAUCGAAAAGCCUUUAUAAACUCCCUGUAAGCUGGUUUCAGUUGGCUCCGCUCUUCCUUGGAUCCCCAGUUUUUCAGUGCCCCCCCCCCACCCCCCCAUGUAGAGGCCAGACAGUGGAUCAAACACCAGUGUUCAUCCCAAUAAAGAGUCCACUUGUAUUUUUAUGCUCUUUGAAAACAAAGAUAUAUUUGAGAGACAGAUGGUUCUAUGUGAAUAAAACGAUGCUAAUAAUUCUAAACACUGAUUUGAGGUGAGCUGAUUGAGCCUGUACAUUUAUGGUUGAGUUCUGGAUGUGUCGUGACGGCUGUUGUGCCAUGGUUGGGUUUCGGUUGUGUUUCUGCUGUGAUGAUGCAUUCCUGUACAGCUGUGAUCAGAAUAAAUGUAUAAAUAAACCUUAAAUAACUGUUUAAA